UGGGGACCCAUGGAAGUCGCCAACAAUGUCACUGAGUUUAUAUUCCUGGGACUUUCCCAAGACCCUGGGGUGCAAUUGAUACUCUUUGCCCUAUUCCUCUUCUUCUACAUCGUGAUCAUGGUGGGAAACUUACUCAUUUUGCUUACAGUCUUUUCUGAUCCCCAGCUACACACACCCAUGUAUUUCUUUCUCAGUAAUUUGUCCUUUGUGGACAUUGCCUAUUCCUCAGCCACUGCACCCAAGAUGAUUGCAGACUUUGUUUCUGACAAAAAGACCAUUUCCUACUGGGGCUGUAUAACUCAGAUGUUUACCUUCCACUUUUUUGGAUGUGCUGAGAUUUUUGUUUUGACUGUCAUGGCUUUUGACCGUUAUGCUGCCAUCUGCCACCCCCUUCGCUAUACAACCAUCAUGAGCGCCAAUGUUUGCACCCUCUUGGCAUCACUGUCCUGGUUGGGGGCCCUGGGUCAUUCUUUUGUCCAGACCCUCCUGACCUUUCAGCUGCCCUUCUGCCAUGCUCAGGUCAUUGAUCAUUACUUCUGUGAUGUCCACCCAGUCCUAAAACUUGCCUGUGCUGAUACAACCCUGGUAAAUAUGUUGGUGGUGGCUAACAGUGGUCUCAUCUCCCUGGGGUGUUUCCUUAUUCUUCUGACCUCCUACACGGUCAUUUUAUUUAGCCUUCGGAAACGGUCUGCAGAGAGCCGUCGCAAAGCUCUCUCUACCUGUGGAUCUCACCUGACAGUAGUAACUUUCUUCUUUGUCCCUUGUAUCUUUAUUUAUCUCCGCCCAUCCACCACUUUUCCACUGGAUAAGGCUGUGUCUGUGUUUUAUACCACCAUCACCCCAAUGCUAAACCCACUUAUCUAUACUCUGAGGAAUGGAGAUGUGAAGAAUGCCAUGAGGCGUCUCUGGAGCCACAAGUCCUCUUUGAAGGAGAAGCAGAAGAGAUAG